ACACACACACACACACACACACACACACACACACCUUAUUGUCCUAUACCACCAGAAUAUUCUAUUUUCCAUAUGUGUAAAAUGUUGCCUGGUUUGUGCAUAAAGCGUUUGACACAAUACAUUCCCUUUCGUAUAGAUGAAGAACUGUGUGUGUGUUUUUAUGUGGAGGUGGUCAUUUUAUACACACAGAGAUAGUGGCCCAAUUACGUGCUCCGUUGUGCCGUUGCAACGUGGAGAGAGAGAGAGGGGGGGGGUGUGUGCGUGUUGUCGGUGAGCACCAGCAUAGGAGGGAGAGGAGAAAAGACAACUCCUACACCGUGUUCUUUUGGAAACCGAACGGAGUGCUGUCUCUCUCUCUCUCUCUCUCUUCCUCCGUUCUCUCUCUCCUCCUCCUCCUCAAGCCUCUCUUCCUCAGUUGUAACCGUGGGGUUUCAUAGAGAGCUGUAGUACAGUAAGCGACGGUAACUAGGUACGAGCUCCGGGACAUUUCUCCCGGUCUCCAGAGCCUGGAUGUCAACCAGCGGCUCCUCUUCUCUGCGGAAAGACUUCGAUGUGAAGCAGAUCCUCCGGAGUCGAUGGAGGUGGUUCGGUCACCCGGCUGUUCCCCCGCCCCACAACCCCCCGCUAGGAGACUUCUUUACCGGGAGAGGAGCAGGGGCCAGCCCCGGAGAGUACCAGAGCCCCUCUGUUAGUGUCUGUUCUACCAGUAACGGAACCGGUACAGGAAAUAAUUGCAUAGUAGCAGUUGGAACUAGCGGUAACGGUAGUUGUAGUGGUGAUAGUUCAUGCAACGCCAAUAACUGCAAGUUUACGGAUAAUUCUGUUGGGAGUCCCACUGAUAACCUCCCGGUAACAGCGUUUGCAGCCGCGGCAGCUGGACAUUCCUCUUGUCCGCGGUCCUUCAGCCAACCGGAGUGGGUCACCCGGUUGUCUGUCUCUCACUCUCUGCCGGUAACAGACAUAGAGCGCCCCGCGGACGGCUCAUCGCUCCUCCAACCGGCGGUACCUGAGGCGUCUGUUCCCGUGGCUGAAGAGGAGACGGGACUGACCGGAACCGAGAGUAAUAAUAACCGCGACGACACUGCCUCCAGCUCCUGCAGGUAUGAGGAGAAUGAGUUGAGCUUGUUGUCUCCUCUCGGUGCUUUAACGUAGGUCUGUGUUUCAGCUAACUCUUUAGAUGCACUAUUGUAAAGUGACUGUUCCACUGGAUGUCAUAAGGUGAAUGCACCAAUUUGUAAGUCGCUCUGGAUAAGAGCGUCUGCUAAAUUACUUAAAUGUAAAUGUAGCCUGCCUACUUUCUGUUAGCCUGCCUACUUUCUGUUAGCCUGCCUACUUUCUGUUAGCCUGCCUACUUUCGGUUA